AGCGUCUGCGCGCGGGUUUCGUCGCCCCGCGGCGUUCGCCGGAGCUGAUCGCUUUAUUGGGGGCGGCAUGGGGUCGGAGCUGAUCGGCCGUCUAGCCCCGCGCUUAGGCCUAGCCGAGCCCGAAAUGCUGAGGAAAGCAGAGGAGUAUUUGCGCCUGUCCCGGGUGAAGUGUGUCGGCCUUUCUGCACGCACCACGGAGACUAGCAGUGCAGUCAUGUGCCUGGACCUUGCAGCUUCCUGGAUGAAGUACCCCUUGGACAGGGCUUAUUUAAUUAAACUUUCUGGUUUGAGCAAGAAGACAUAUCAGAGCUGUCUUAAAUCUUUUGAGUGUUUACUAGGCCUCAAUUCGAAUAUUGGAAUAAGAGACCUAGCUGUACAGUUUAGCUGUACAGAAGCAGUGAACAUGGCUUCAAAGAUACUAAAAAGCUAUGAGUCCAGUCUUCCCCAGACACAGCAUGUAGAACUUGACUUAUCCAGGCCACUUUUCACUUCUGCUGCACUGCUGUCAGCAUGCAAGAUUCUAAAGCUGAAAGUUGAUAAAAACAAAAUGGCAGCCACAUCCGGUGUAAAAAAAGCUAUAUUUGAUCGACUGUGUAAACAACUAGAGAAGAUUGGACAGCAGAUUGACGGAGAACCUGAAAAUUUAGCUACUCCACCACAGAAGAAAAAGAAGAUAGUGGUUGAACCCCCAGCAAAGGAGAUGGGGUUUCACCACGUUGCCCAGGCUGGUCUUGAACUCCUGAGCUCAAAAAAUCCGCCUGCCUCGACAUUACAAAGUGCUGGGAUUAAAGGCAUAAGCCACUGCACCAGCAGGUAUAUAUGAUGCUUUGAUACAUGUGUACGUUGUGGGAUGGCUAAAUCAAGCUAAUUAACAUAUGUAUUACCUCACAUACUUAUUUUCUAACACUUAAAAUCUAUUCUCUCAGCAAUUUUCAAGUAUGCAAUAUAUUGUUAUUAACUAUAAUCACCAUGCUAUACAAUGGCUCUCUUGAAUUUAUUCCUCCUUUGUAUGUGAAAUAUUGUAUCCUUUGGCCGACAUCUCCCCAGUGCCACCUACCCUGCUUUUGGUAACCACCAUCCAACACUUCGCCUGUAAGAGUUUGUCUCUUAGAUUCCACACAUAAGUGAGAUCACGUGGUACUUGUCUUUCUGAGUCUGGCUUAUUUCACUUAACGUAAGUUAAGUGACCCUGACUACAGGGUCAUCCAUGUCGCUGCAAAUGGCAGGAUUCCCUUCUCUUCUGAGGCUGAACAGUAUUCAUUUGCAUAUAUGCACCCAAGUUUCUUUAUCCACUGAUGGACACUUUUACAUUAUGUAUUUUGUUAACCAUAAUUCGAAAAAUAAAGAAUUAGAAAAACUUCUGGACAUGAAGUUUAAGUAAGGCUAGGAAGAGAGUCAAUGGCUGAGUGGGAAAAGGAGGCAAACAGUGUGUUUUAGAGUCACUCUUGAGGGUAAAGAGAGUCUCUAAAGUUCCAUGGGCACUUUUUAUUUGUCAGGUACUGUGCUAAAAGUUUUAUACAUGCAUAACAUCUCUUUCCAUCCUCCCAAUAGCCCCGUGAAAUAGGUAGGAUGAGGCAAUUGAGAAUAAUAAUAAAAUGAAUAUUCUGCCAAUAUGCCCCGCUUCCUUUAAAUCAGCUUUGAGAGAGCAGUCUCCUCUCCUCCAAAUUUUUUGAGAUCCAGGUGGACACAGGCCCAACGCCAGCCAGCAUAGCUGAGCCCAUCCAGUGAAAGAGCAGCAAGGUGGCAGGGGUUGGGGGGAUGGGCCUGGGAGGUAAGCGCUUCUCUGGCACUUGCUCCUCCCCUACACCAGCAGCUGGCCCAGGACUCAAGGAUCAGGAGCUGAACUCCAACUAACAGCACAGCCUUCCCCUCAAGGAGAAGCCCCCAAAGCCACUCUCCCAGGUUGCAUUACUGUUCCCAGUGUCUCAUUGUGCCCCACAGCCACACCUUGUGUGUGGUGGAGGGCACCAUGUGGCCAUGAAAUAAGAAAACUACUUCUUCAUGGAAAACAGCCAUGAGGGCCAGGCGCAGUGGCUCACGCCAGUAAUCCCAGCACUUUAGGAGGCCAAGGCGAGAGAAUCACUUCAAGCCAGGAGUUCGAGACCAGCUUAGCCUGUCUCUAUUAAAAAUACAAAAAUUAGCCGGGUGUGGUGGCGGGUGCCUGUUAUCCCAGCUAUUUGGGAGGCUGAGUCAGGAGAAUUGCUGGAAGCCGGGAGGCGGAGGUUGCAGUGAGCCGAGGUUACAACACUACACUCCAGCCUCUGGUCAACAGAGCGAGACUGUAAAAAAAAAAAAAAAAAAAGAAGAAGAAGAAAAAAACAGCCAGCCACCAGGAGAGAGAAGGAGCUUCAUCUUCUUGAAAAUUCAGCUGCAGCCAAAAAGACCUUCCUAGAAACUAUGAUUCCCAGAGAAAUGUCACUCUUGGGGGAAACAGAAUCCUGGCGGAAUCUUGGAAGCUGGGCAUACACUACUGCCAUGUUUUUGAACCGAGGAUGCCUGAAGGUUUAGGGGAAGCCUUCCCAAAUGCCAAAGAUCUGCUACUACCACUACCGAGAACCCACACCACUGGGCAUAUGUGCCGUGGGCAGGAACCCAGUGUUCAGCAUACAUGUGACUGGACUUUACAGCACCUAUCUGAGAAGAAAGGAGAAUAAUGGUGAAGGGGGCUGCUAAGCGGGGUACUGGGCUGCUAAGUUUUGUGGAUUCCCCAGGCCUCCUGGGGCCAAGAGGUGCUGAGCUAUGUGAUGUAUCUGUCACCAUCCCUGCCCUCCAGGAAAUAAGCAGGUUAAAUACAAAAAGUGAGUAUGUGACAGUGUUGGGUGGUGCCAUGGGUAGUGUGGCACCCUUGGGCUGCACAGCAAUGUUAGCCACAUUGCACUAGGCUUCAAGCAUUUUAAGAGACUAUGAGAUUUUUAACAUCAUAUACAAUGGGCCAGAUUAGGGGGCUCACACCUGUAAUUCCAGCACUUUGGGAGGCUGAAGCAAGACGAUCACUUGAGGUCAGGAGUUUGAGACCAGUCUGGCCCACUUAGUGAAAUCCCAUUUUUACUAAAAGUAUAAAAAUUAGUCAUGUGUGGUGGUGAGUGUCUGUAAUCUCAGCUACUUGGGAGGCUAAGGCAGUUGAAUCACUUGAAUCCAGGAGGCAGAUGUUGUAGUGAACAGAGAUUGCAUCACUGCACUCCAGCCUGGGCAACAGAGCAAGACUCCAUCUCAAAGUAAUAAUAUUAAAAAUACAUAUACAAUGUUUACUUUAUUUAUUAUUUAUUUAUUUUUAGACAGAGUCUAGCUCUAUUGCCCAGACUGGAGUAUAAUGGUGUGACCUUAGCUCAGUGAAGGCUCAAGUGAUCCUCCCACCUCAGCCUCCUGAGUAGCUGAGACUACAGGUGCUCACCACCAUGCUGGGCUAAUUUUGUAUUUUUUGUAGAGAUGAGAUCUUGCUAUAUUGUCCAGGCUGGUCUCAAAUUCCUGGGGUCAAGAGAUCCUCCUUCUUUGGCCUCCCAGUUGGGAUUAUAGGCAUGAGCCACUGUGUUGGGCCUACAAUAUUUACUUUAUUCCCUGAAACUUGAGAACCUAACCUCCCAGAUAGGAUGGGUCCACACAAUCUGUGUAUUUUCUCAUUUAACCCUCGUAACCACCCCCCUGCCAGCAGGUAAUGCAUUAUAUCAUCAUUUCACCAUGAUUUAAACCAGUCCUGAGGGCUUAUAGAAACAACCACCCAUGGCACCACUCCACACUGUCACAUACUCACUUUUUGUAUUUAACCUGGUCAUUUCCUGGAGGGGAGGGAUGGUGACAGAUGCACUGCAUAGCCCAGCACCUCCUGGCCCCUGGAAGGCCUGGGGAAUCCAUAGAACUGAGCAGCCUAGCACCCAGCUCAGCAACCCCCUUCACCAUCACUCUUCUCUCUUCUGAUAGGUGGUGUGAAGUCCAGUUAAUCCCAUAGCCGUUUAGGGAGAAGCAGAGCCUACAGCACAAAGCCAGCCCCUGUAAGAGCAUCAGGGCCUGUCUGCAAGUCAAAGGCCACCAGCCUCUGUGCACAAGAACUCAAGCAUUUGGGAUUCAAUCGGUUCCAAAACUCAAGCAUUGGCUGGGUCAGCGGUAACCAUGCCCAGAGAGCCACAAAGAAUCCCAAGAAACUUUGCUAAGUUGUCUAAAUAAAACCCCCUUACCUUCUGGCCAGCCCGAAGUCAAUAAUCUUAAUUUGAUGUCCUGUCUGAUUGACACACAGUAUGUUCUCUGGCUGGGAAAGAAAGAAGUCUGCUUAGCCCAAGUAACAGCUGAGGAGGUCUGCAGCUGCCUCGAUUCUUUGUCUGUAGGCCUCCGUUUUCCAGCCUUCAAGGCACCUGAAUUGCUCAGGGCAGCCCUGCAGGGGCUGGAUAGAUAGUGAAAAUACAUGAAGGGGCUGGUGAGACAAUUAGGGUUGGUGUGGACUGGGAAACUGGAGGUUCCCGGCCUGUGUAAAGGAAUAGCACUACCCACUGCCAGCCACUGAUCACCACGUAGGAGUGCAGGCACAACGCCAGAGUUUCUCAGUCCUCAAGAGAAGCCAGGAAUUCAGGGGUUUUUUGUUUGUUUGGUUUUGUUUUUAAUUAAAAAAACAGAGAUGGGGUCUUGCCAUGUUCCCCAGGUUGGUCUCAAACCCCUAGGGUCAAGAGAUCCUCCAGCCUCAGCCUCCCAAAGUGCUGGGCUUACAGGUAAGCCACCAUGCCCAGCUAGAAAUUCAGGUUUUUAUGUGAAAAUUCCAUGCUUUCAAAUGUUAACAACUAAGUGAAAUCUAAACUCACAUCUGGAAGCCAAACAGAACACCUCUGUGAUAUAUAUUUGGCCCAUGAGCUGCUUGUGUGGGACUACUGGUUUGGGGCUGGCUUCCCAAACCUGGCUGUAUAUUGGAAUCAUCAGGGGAGCUUUUAAAAUCCCAAUGUUAUACUGGAAUGCUAAGAGAAUUAAAAAAAAAAAAAGUCCCAGUGCCCAAGCCUCAACCCUGACCAAUUACAUCAGAACUUCUGGGGUGACACCAAAGCAUCACUGGUUGGUUAAGGAGAGCAGAGCUGCUGAAUGUCCACCUGCCUUUCUGCAGUGACAGCUGUGGCCCACCGCAUGAGGGUGGCAGCCUUAGCAUGCCUGUCCUCUUACAGCACUUGGAUCAGCUCUGAGUCCCUGAGGGAGUCUGGAAGGAUGCUGCUGCUUGUGCAUGACAAAUUUGGGUUUACCUGUGUUGGAGGCUUGGGGAGAGAAGCUGAAUGAAGAUCUAGGGCUUAUGAUGGACAGGACUUGUAGACCCAGGGUCCAGUGCCUGAGGCACAGGGGCUCAUUACCUGGUUCUGUAGCCCUAGACGAGUUCCUCCCCAUUCCUGAAGACUCAAUGUCUCCAUAUGUAAAACAGGAGUGAUAACCUUUUCCUGCCUGUGCCCUGGAAGGGUGUGAGGAUCAAAUGACAUAAUAGGCAUGAAACACUUUACAGCUUCCAAACCAAAUGUCCGCUACUUUUUCUCCCAACAGAAGACUUCAUUGUUAUUUGUGUUAUCGCGAGGUUGUACAAUUCCUCAGAUAGGUGGAGAGAAUGGUGUUUAAAAAUCUCAAUGUCUUCUAUAUAAGAUCUAGAAUAACACUGUCCAAUAAAAAUAAAAUGCGAGCCACGUAUAUAGUAAUUUAAAGUUUUCUAGUAUGCACAUUUAAAAAGGUCAAGAGAAACAGGUGACCUUAAUUUUUAUAACAUUAUGAAUAACACAAAUAAUACUGAUUUUUACCAUAAAACUCACCAUUUUAAAGUAUGCAAUUCAGUGAUUUUUAGUAUAUUCAGAGUUGUGCAAUGACACCACUAUCUAAUUUUGGAACAUUUUUCAUCGCCUUAAAAAAAAAAACCCAACCCAUCAUCACUCCCUGUCCAUUCUCCCCUCACUUCCCACCCCCUGGCAAUCAUUAAUGUAUUCUCUUUCUCUGUGGAUUUGCCUAUUCUGGACAUUUCAUAUAAAUGGAAUCAUAAAACAUAUGGCCUUUUGUGUCUGGUUUCUUUCAGUUACCAGAAUGUUUUCAAGGUUUAUUCAUGUUGUGUAACAGUAUUUCAUUCUUUUUCACAGCUACAUAAGAUUCCAUUGUAUGGAUUUGACCAUAUUUUACCAAUUAACUAAUAAAGUUAAUGAACAUCUGGGUUGUUUACACUUUGGGCUAUUAUAUAUAAUGCCACUAAAAACAUUUGUGUGCAAGUUUUUGUGUCAACUUAUGUUUUAAUUCUCCUAGGUGUAUACCUAGGAGUAAAAUUGCUGGGUUAUAUGGUAAUUCUAUGUUUAGCAUUUUUUGGAACUGCCGAACUUUUAAAAAAGUGAAUGCACAAUUUUACAACCACACCAGCAACGUAUAAGGGUUCCAAAUUUUCCAUAUCCUAGCUAAUCCUCUUUUUUUUUCAGAUGGAGUUUUGCUCUUGUUGCCCAGGCUGGAGUGCAAUGGGAUGACUGGCUCACUGUAACCUCUGCCUCCCGGGUUCAAGCAAUUCUCCUGCCUCAGCCUCCUGAGUAGCUAGGAUUACAGGCAUGUGCCAUCAAGCCCAGUUAAUUUUGUAUUUUCAGUAGAGACAGGGUUUCUCCAAGUUGGCCAGUCUGGUCUCGAACUCCCAAUAUCAGGUGAUCUGCCCAUGUUGGCCUCCCAAGCUGUGAGCCACUGCGCCCAAGCUUUAAUACUUCUUAUUGUGUAUCAUGUUUAUAGUCAGUCUAGUGGAUAUGAAAUACUGAUUUUGAUUUACAGUUCUGUAAUGAUGCUGAGAAUGACUUCAUGUGCUUAGUAAAAUUGUAUGUUUUCACUGGAUAAAUGUCUAUUCAAAUCCUUUGACCAUUUUUAAUUGGUUAUUUGUCUUUCUAUUGUCUAGAUACAAAUCCUUUAUCUGACAUAUGAUUUGGAAAUAUUUUCUCUCAUUCUAUGAGCUAUUAUUUUACUUUUCCCAUGGAUCCUUUGAAGUAUGAAGUUUUUUCAUUCUGAUGUGUAAUUCAUCUCUUUUUUUUUCUUGAUUAUGUUUUUAGUGUCAUAUCUAAGACCCUGUUGCCUAAUCCCAGGUCAUAAGGAUUUAUUCCUAUGUUUUCUUCUAACAGUUUUAUAGUUGUAGUCUUACAUUUACAUCUACAGUCCAUUUUGAAUUAAUUUUUGUAUAUGGUGUAAGGUAAGGGUCCAACUUUAUUCUUUUACAUGUAGCUCUCUAGCAUGGUGUCCCAGCACAAUUGUUGAAAAGACUGUAAUUUUCCCGUUGAAUUGUCAUGGUACCAUUGUCACAAAUCAAAUGACCAUAAAUGUAAUGGUUUAUGUCUAGACUCUCAAGUGUGUUAAUUUGAUGCAUAUAUCCAAUCUUACAUCAGUAAUACACUGUUUUGGUUUCUGUAGCAUUGUAGAAAGUUUUGAAAUUGGGAAAUGUUAGUCUUCCAAAUUUGUUCUUUUUCAAGAUUGUUUUUGUUAUUCUAGGUCCCUUGAAUUCCCAUCUGAAUUUUAGGACUUCAUUAACAUCUGAAAAGAAGCCAGCUAUGACUUUGAUAAGGAUUAUGUUGAAUCAGUGGAUCAAUGGGAGAGUCACCUUAACAAGAUUACAUUUUCCAAUCCAUGAUCAUGGGAUGGCUUUCCAUUUGUUUAGGUCUUUGAAUUAUCUUAAAAUUUUGUUGUAGUCUUCAGAGUAUGUCUUGCACUUAUUUUGUUAAUUUUUUUCUAAGUAUUUUACUCUUUUGAUGCUGUCAUAAAUGAAAUUAUUUUCUUAAUUUUAUUUACAGAUUGUUCAGUCCCUGUAUUUAAAAAUACAAUUAAUUUUUGUAUAUAUGACUUACAUACCAGAAUCUUGAUGAAUUUAUGAAUCCUAAUCAUUUCCUCUCCUUAGGAUUUUUUUACAUACAAGAGCAUGGCAUCUGCAAAUAGAGGUAGUUUUACUUUCUUCCCAAUCUGAAUGCCUUUUAUUUCUUUUCUUGCCUAAUUGCCCUAGUUAGAGCCUCCAGUAAAAUGUUCAAUACAAGUGGCAAGGACAGAUACCCUGUCUUGUUCCUGAUUUUAGGGAGAAAACAUUCAGUCUCCUACUACUAAGCAUAAUGUUAGCUGUGGGUUUUUCAUAGGUGGCCUUUAUCAGGUUGAGGAAGUUCUAUUCCUCAUUUGUUUAUUGUUUUCAUCAUAAAAAAAUUUUGAAUUUUGUCAAUUACUUUUUCUAUAUCUAUUAAAAUUAUUAUAUUAAUAUGGCACAUUUCAUAUGUUAAACCAAUCUUGCAUUCUUGGGAUAAACCUCACUUUGUCAUGUAUAUGAUCCUUUUUAUAUGUUCAGUUUGCUAACAUUUUAUUGAGAAAUUUUGCAUCUAUAUCCAUAAGGGACUUUGGUCUGUAGCCUCCUUUCCUUGUGAUGUCUUGUUUGAUUUUGGUAUGAGGAUAAGAUUAGCCUCAUAAAAUGAGAAGGAAGUGUUCCCUCUUCUUUGAUUUUUGCAAGAAUUUGUAAAGAUAUUAAUUCUUUAAACAUUUGGCUUUUAUUACAUUUGCUUUGGGUUCUUGCUCAUGAAAUCCUUGCCUAAGCCAAUGUCUAGAAGGGUUUUUCCAGGGUUGCCUGCUAGAAUUUUUAGUUUCAGGUCUUAGAUUUAAGUCCUUGAUUCAUCUUGAGUUGAUUUUUGUAUAAGGUAAGAGAUGAGGAUCCAGUUUCAUUCUCCUACAUGUGGCUUGCCAGUUAUCCGAGCACUAUUUGUUGAAUAGGACAUCCUUUCCUCAGCAAACAUGCUGUUGAAGAUCAGUUAGCUGUAAGGAUUAGGGUUUAUUUCUGGGUUCUCUAUUCUCUUCCAUUAGUCUUUGUGCCUAUUUUUAUGACAGUACCAUAUAAUACUCAGCCAUAAAAAGGAAUGAAUUAACGGCAUUUAUAGUGACCUGGGUGAGACUGGAGACUAUCACUCUAAGUGAAGUAACUCAGAAAUAGAAAACCAAACAUUAUAUGUUCUCACUCAUAUAUGGGAACUAAGCUAUGAGGAUGCAAAGGCAUAAGAAAGACACAAUGGACUUUGGGAACUCAGAGGCAAAGGGUGGGAAGAGAUAGAGGGAUAAAAGACCACAAAUUGGGUGCAGGGUAUACUGCUCAGGUGAUAGGUACACCAAAAUUUCACAAAUCACCACCAAAGAACUUACUCAUGUAACCAAAUACCACCUGGUUCCCCGAUAACCUAUGGAAAGAAUAAUUAAAAAAAAAAAAAAUUGGGGCCAGGCAUGGUGGUUCACGCCUAUAAUCCCAGUAGUUUGGGAGGCCAAGGUGGGCAGAUCACUUGUGCCCAGGAGGUCAAGACCAGCCUGGGCAACAUGGUGGGCAAGAUGGGCAUGUACCCAUCUCUACAAAAAAAUACAAAAACUAGUAACACAUGGGGCACUCAUCUAUAGUCCCAGCUGCUCAGGAGGCUAAGGUGGGAGGAUCCCUUGAGCCCAGGAGGUUGAGGCUGCAGGGAGCUGUGAUCAUGCCACUGCACUUCAGCCUGGGCAACAGAGCCAGACCCUGUCUCAAAACAAACAAACAUACAUUUGGUAUAAUUCACCAGUGAAGCCAUAUGGGCCUGGGCUUUGCUUUGUAGAUAGUUUUUGAUUACUAAUUCAAUCUCUUUCACUGUUAUAGAUCUAUUCAUAUUUUCUAUUUCUUCUUGAGCUAAUUUCAUAGUUUGUGCUUCCUAGAAAUUUGUCCAUUUCAUCUAGGUGAUCUGCCUUACUGGCAUACAAUUUUGUUUAUCAUAUUUC